AUGCAGAACGGCAAGAAGUACUUCCGGCUGCAUGAGAGGCCUAGGUGGUCUGGGUGUGUAAGAGAAACAUCUUGGGCUUGGAAGGGGGCUCUUAGCUCCUUCAGCAUUGUGCGUGCGUGGGCCUCGGGGAAGGGGGUAACGCGAUGCUGCGGGUCAGUGCGCGAUGCUGCGGGUCAGUGCGUGAUGCUGCGGGUCAGUGCGCGAUGCUGCGGGUCAGUGCGCGAUGCUGCAGGGCGCUACGUAAGACACUCCCUAUGGAACACAAAUGCUCGGUAUAGCGAUGUCGUACCUAUUCGCGAUGUGUAUGUAAGGAAGGAACAUGCUGAUGCUCCCUCCAAGUACGCACAGGUCCCUCCCUCAGGCAAAACCCAAAAGCAAAAAGCAGCCCAUAGAGUCGUCUUUUGCCAAGGGAGCCACCAGAUACCCAAUCAGGGUACAACAUCCUGCUUUGCUAUGUUCCGUUACUCUGUCCUGCGCUACCUGGUAUCGGACAACCAGGUGGUCGUAUCAGUAUAUAUCAACGUGCUCUGGGGGGCUUUAUGCAUCUUUGGAUUUGUCGUACUCCGAGGCUGGGUCCGAGGCCCAGGCGGCGUCUUCCAGCGUCGGCAGGAGCUUCAGGACUUGUUCAUGCGGCCUCCUCGUCUGGUACUGGGCACCAUUCAUCAGGUUUGGAACUGGUUGAUGCCCCUGUUGGCGGUGUCGGAUGCGGACAUCGUGCGAUGUAGCGGCUUCGACGCACUGGUGCUCACCAGGGUGCUGCUCAUAGGGCUGCAGAUGUUCACUGUCAUGACGGUAUUCGGAAUUGCCGUACUCAUCCCGGUCUACUACACGCGAGGCGGGAUCGCGCACUCAACCGCCAAUUUGGGCACCUUGGCACAGCUGUCCUUGGCCAACGUACCCACCGGCAGCAGGUUAUUUAUACUGCCUUUCUUCAUGACCUACAUUUUCAUUGGGUGCGUCACUCCCCUUGCCGUACCUCCCAUGUUAACUGCCGUACUGCCCAGAUGUUACGCGCAACUCCGAAUGGCAUACUUCACCUGCCUCGACGCUCUGCCGCACGACAAGGAGCUGCAGCCCGAAAUGGCGGGUUCGGUAGUGCCGAAACCUGGCGCUACAGCUGCUGACGCGAGCACCAGGUCAGCUGCUGGAUCUGUCGCUGCUCCUGCGAGUUUCGCUGUCGGCAACAGGACAGGCAGAAGAGACAUGAAAAGUAGAAACAAGGCGACCCUGGAGCUUUCGACAAGGACAGGUGCUGCCGACGGGCAGCACCGGCGGCGGCGGGACGCCGAGUCUUCGGCGGCGGCGGCGGCGGCGGAAGCAGCAGCGACGGCAGCAGCUUGUUAUCAGCCAGCCGAGGGCGCGACGGAGGCAGCGUCGGAGCAGGCGGCACCUGUGUCAGCGGCGGCGGCUGCUGCUGCUGCAGCGGUUGUGGCGCCGUCGGUGGUGGCUGUUAGGAAGGUGUUGGAAAGGGGGGAGGCCGAUGGACCGGGCUGUGGAGCGGGGGAAGUUGAUGUCGCCAGUGGGCCUGGCUUUGAUCUGGACCACGGUGCUGACGGAGGCAGCGGCGACACAGCGGCAGCGGCAGCGGCGGCCGGCGGCGGCGGCGGCGACGCCACCAUCACGAUCAUGAUGCCUAGGAUGUCGCUGCGCAGCACAUGGCUGAACAUUGCGAACUUCUUCAACCCCUCGCUUCGCAUGAUGCUCGACUACUUGGACUGGCAGAAUCCCCUGCAGCGAACAGCCGCGCGCUUCGGCGUCCGUGACCUUGUACUGCCGACGGUGGCCGACGACGAAGCGCCGCUUCCCGUACGGUUGUACGGCAAGAAGGAGCGAAUGAUAACGUACGACGAUCUAGUCCGGGGGCCGCAUCUACGACGGUCUGAGGCGGCCGCCGCACCCGCCGUCGCCACCAUUGACGUGCCGAACGAGAGUGGUGCGCAGGAGUACGACAGUGGCAGCGGCGUUAGCGGCGGCGGUGGCAACGGGAAGGGCGUGAGUCAGAGCGAAGCGACAGUGCUGAAGAAAAUGAGCGAGGAGCUUGAGCUAACCGGCGGCGCCGUCGUACUGCCGUACUGGCGUCCGCGGGAGGCGCUUCGCUUAGCUCGUGAGGAGUUGGGGGGAUUGCGGAAGACGGCGGCUGAGGACGACGGCGGCGGCGGUGGUAGGGACACGGCCACCGCGCCGCAGCUGGGGGCUUGGGGUCCCGGCGCAUGCGCUGCACGUUCACGCAAGAGUACGGCAGCGGCGGCUGCGGCGGUAGAGGACGUAUGUGACGCUGCCGAUAAGAGCGGCAAUUGGGACGGCAACGGCGGCAGCGAGCCAAUAACUACCGCCGCCGCCACGGCAAAUACUUUUGCGCCGUACGUGCGGUACGGCCUCCGCCACCGCAACGUUAUGAAAACGGGGAAUGGCGAGGAGUCCGCUGUGACGGCGGGCGUUGCGCAUCAGUUGUACGGCAUGACCGACCCACUGCAGCCGCUACUGCCUGGCAAGAGAAACGUCCGUUUGUUACAGCUGCUCCAGCUGUUAGAAAGUGGACAUAAUGCUCUCGCCGCCGCUGACGUUGUCGCCACCGAUAUCACCCCCGACACGAUCGCUGCCGCGGCAGCCGGCGGCUCAGGAUCCGCGGCUGCCUGUAUGGACCGAUCAGAGUCAAACAACAGUAUCUGUACCGCAACCAUGGCGCAGCUCGGUGCGGUUGAUGUGGAGGCGCAGGCGGUGGCGGUCGCGGCGGCGGCGGCGGCGCCGCCAUUGCGCGGCGUAGCUAAAAUCGCACACGACGUACGGCGAUACUAUGAAAUGUUUGAAGAUCCGGGCAAUCGCCUGUACGAUCCGUUGAAGGCCGUGCAUGCAACUGAUGCGAGAGGUAAGGCAGCUAAGGCUGGCCGCCGACCCGCGGUGGGGGCUGCCGCCGCCGCCGCGGCCGGUAGCGGUGGCGGUGGCGGCGGAACAGAUAGCAGUGCUGCCAACCUUACCACUUUUGCUGUCUCAACCGCCGCCAGCGGCGCCGCUGCAGCCGUGGCGGCGGCGGCGACUCAGCCGCCGACGUCAACGAGACUGCCUGACAUCGCCGUCGACUCUAGCGCCGCCGCGGCAGCCACGGCGGCGGAGAAGGCGAGGGCUGACGCAGAGACGGAUCCCAACGGUGCGGCGGUGGCUGCCGUACUCCGUGACUUAUUUCCCAAGUCCUUCCAGGGCCUUAUCCCCGUCACGAAUCACGACGCUGUCGACAAGCUGAUCUACAGCUGGGACGCCAAGAUGCUCGUCCUUGCAUCUAUCGUACGAGAUCUCGAACAGCUGAAGGUACGACACCACCGCCGCCAACGGUCACGUGUCCCGGCAACGGACAUAGAGGACGGCAAGGGAGCAUUGGCCGCAUCGGCGGCGGCGGCGGCGGCGGCGGCGGCGGGGGGGGUUAAGGACAGCAGCUCCCGCGUCGUUGGCGACGACGUGUUCGGAGGAUCAGCCGCGGCAGCGGAGGGAAGGUUGCAACUCCGCGCCGCCGAGCUUCGGGAGGAGAUCCGGGACCUAGAGUCACGGAUUGCGUUCGAGCGGGAGCGAGCCUUGCACCGGCCUGCUGGCACGGCCUACUUCGCCAUGUUUAACAACUCGCAGGACGCCCAAAUGUUGGCCCAAUGCCGGCGUGUCGUACCUCCGCAAGGCCCAGGAAGUCUGCUGUCGUUUGAUGCCGUACCAGCGCCCGCACCCGAUGACGUCAGCUGGCCGGGGCUGUGGAGUACGGGACUAACGGAGCAGUUGGUGCGGCGGGCGGCCAUCGUACUGCCCAUGGCCGUAAUCUUCGUACUGCCCAUGGGCCCGUUGCAAGGGGCCCUAGCCUCCCUGGGUGUUUCUCUGUGCGGCGGUCCUGAGACCUUCGAAGGUUUCGACACCAACAACAAGCUGUACGUCGACUGGUUCUGCGAACCCGAGAAUUUCGGCAUAAGGUUGUGGAAGUUGCUGCUCACGGGCGUGUUGCCGUCCGUGGUGGGGCUGCUGUGGACGGCAGUGUGUAUGCCGCAACUGCUUUUCUUGUGUAGUAGCUUGACUCGGAGUGAGGUCUCACUCAGCGGACAGGAGCGGCAAAUGCAGAGGCCUCCCUGCUCUCCUCGCUCCCUCACCUAUCCCUACUCCUGGCUCUCUCACCCCCUCCCUCACUCUCACUCUCCCUGCUCCCUUUCCGGGUGGUUUUUCUGGUACUCUCUCUUCAAUACGUUUCUGGGAGCCGUACUGGGCAGCGGCGUGUUUUCCCAGCUGGGGACCUACCUGGCAGAUCCCAGGAAGGUUCUGGACAAGAUCGGACGAGCCCUUCCCAGCACUGCCAACUUCUUUGUCCAGUUCUGCAUCGCCCGCGCCCUCUUCAGCAACUUCACGCGGCUGGUGUGGCCCCACGCCGGCGCCAUGCUCACCGCCAUCUUCCGAUCCGUCACACCUGCCGUACUGGGUCUAUGCCGGCCCAAAUCCCUUCACGCGGCGGCUCUGGCACACAUGCCGCCCUCAACACGUGCUAUCAGCUACUAUAACGCCAUCCUGCAGCUGACACACGCCUGGCCCAACCAACCCAACCAACCCAACCAACCCAGCCGGCCGACGUGGCGCGAAAUAACAAAAGACAAAGCUCUCGAACCCCCUAGGACUCACCUGGUGUUUAUGUUUGGCUGUGCGUUCGCGGUGGUGGCCCCCGUCAUCCUGCCGUGCUGCUGGCUGUUCUUCAUGACGGGUUUUGUGGCCUACCGGUAUUCCGUACUGUACGUGUACGAACGCAGCUACGAAUCCGGGGGCCGCAUGUGGCCGGUGCUGUGCAACCAGAUGUUUGGAUUUCUGUUGCUGAUGGAAGCCUUCACAGGCACCGUGUUUUUGGUCAACCAGGCCUGGAUACUUGCGGGCGUGACGUGGGUCACCCUCACGCCGCUGCUGCUGAUGUUCUGGCGGUACUGCUCCCGAUACUACUUAGAGCCCAUGCACUUCCCGCCGUUGUCAGUGGUGGCUUCGGAGCCGCGAGGUGUACGACUAAGCCCCCUGGUGUACAUGCCACCUGCAUUGAGGCCUGGCGCGGUGGGCUGGUACCCGGAGCAAGGCAAGGUGUGGGAGAAGUACGGCAUCCCCAAGCACUGGUGA